AUGGUAAACCCAACUUACGUUUCGAGGACAUAUGAUACCCAAGUUGUCAGACUUAGAAUACACCAUCAAGGACAUUUAGUACAUAAUUUAGUGAAGUUAUAUGUUGAUGGGCUUGUUUAUGAAAUGAAUUGGGAUUGGGAUGUGGAGUUAAUGUUCUAUAUGUUCAUGGAAGACGUUAGAGGGUUUAAAGUCAUUGAUGUUUAUGUUGAACACAAAGUUGAAGAAGUUAAUAUUAAAGAUGUUAUUUUGAGGAGGCUUAUGGCAACAAAUGGAGAAGCAAAUGAAAAAGUAAAUGAGGAAGCAAAUGUUGAAGAUUCAAAUGAAGAGAGUGAAACAGAUCCUGAUUUUAACAUGAGAAGUGAGGAUGAUGAGGAAAAUUACAUUGAUGAAUUGCAUUUAGGUCCUGAUGUUGGUAUUGGUUGGACAAUAGUUCUCCUUAAGGCUGCAACAAAACAACCUUCAAGGUUGAAUGAUAUUUCUAAUAAUGAUAGUUGUGAUUUAGAUGAGCUUCAUACUCUACCCGAUGAUGAUAAUGGUGUACGAACAAGAUUUGAUUAUGCAUUUGAACUUAAUUUUUGA